AUGUCUGGAAAUAAAGGCAGAUCAGAUCGCCUAGCAAAGUUCCUGACAGGCGUGAUUUCUGGCAAAGAUAAAGUCGAAAAUUCGACCGACUUCAAAAGGUUCCUAGAGGCAAUUUUGGAUCAAGGUGAUCCUGCCCGUCUAGUUGAGCGACUCAUUGCUAGUCAGAGCGCCUUGAGUUCUAUCAGGCAAGGCUUGCGAUCGAAUAUCGCAGCGGAGUUUAUCAACAAAUACACGGCCAAGUUCGUGCAAUUCCUGAGCAAUCCUGGAAUCAAGCAACUAUGCAAUGGACAGUUUCUUGAACAGUUAUUGGCCAUCAUCCUUGAGCCACGGACACUGUGGAAUGCCUUCAUCGAGGCGCUGAGAGCCAGAAAACUAGACGAAGAGGCGGUCUAUUGGUUCUACUGGAUGAUGGUAGAAAUGCUUUCGUUGCCCUACUCUAGUGGGCUAGAUGUGACCGCUGACGCCCAAGCAUUGAUGGAUGAAGGGUCGAUCUUCCUCUCGACAAAUAUCGAUCUACGUAAUCUCGGGAAUAAGAUCAAAUACCUGCUGCAAAUGAAGUCUUCUGGCGCAGUCAACACAUUGACGUACACUGCCGGAGGUCGUCAUGAUAACGACUUCCAAGAUUUCCGCAGAAUUGCCAUUCUUCCCACCCCUGAUGAAUUUGGCUGCGCUGAGAAACCAUUCUAUCGCCGUGCCGAGGAUAUCUUAGAGCUUGAUGGAGACCAACGGGUUGCAGCUCACAUUGACAACCAGUUCCGUCUCCUGCGGGAGGACAUGCUGUCGGAAUUGAGGGAGGAUGUUCAAGCUGCCAGAGGGAAAAAUAAAACACGUCGCCCUGCAUCUCGCCUCGGGGGUCUCUCUGUUGCUUCCUUGUCCGGUGGCGAUGAUAGCAAAAGGCGACUACAACCAAGCACCCUUGGAGUUCACUGUAGAUCGGGCUUGAAUAACUUCCAACGUAUUUCAAAAGAGGAUCGGAAAGACUUUUUGAACAACAAUCGAAAUUUUCUGAAGCAUCAAGCCUUCGGAUGUUUGGUCCGUGGAGCCGACAUUGUGGCCUUCGCCACGAUAGAGAGGGACAUCGAUAAGCUGAUUCUGGAUUCUCCUGUAAUCAUGCUGCAUGUUGCCGGCGAUGAGCCGCUUCAUAAGACUCUAUUAUAUCUGAAGCUCUAUGAUGAUGUGGAUUUUCUUCUAGUUGAUGCUCCUAUUUUUGCUUACCACCCGAUCUUGAAAUGCCUUCAGGACAAGUUAGAUUUCCCUCUUAUUGACGAGUUGUUCUUGUACAAAAGUGACCAGUCACCAAGAGAGUCUGAUUUGAUUCCGGUGGAUUUAAUCCACAAACUGAGAGCAAAGGGGGAUGGUGACAUCCAGAGCAUUCUAAAGACGGCCAAAGGGGCGAAGUUAGAUCCCUCCCAGCUCGAAUCGCUUUUGGCUGGUUUAACCCAGAGAGUCAGUUUAAUUCAAGGACCACCUGGUACCGGAAAGUCAUUCAUCGGUGCUCUCCUGGCCAAAGUGCUUCAUGACAAUACGAAAGAGAAAAUUCUCGUGAUGUGUUAUACCAAUCACGCUCUGGAUCAGUUCUUGGAAGACUUUCAGGAUAUUGGUAUCAACUCUUCCGCCAUUGUGAGAUUAGGUUCCAAGUCAACGACGCGGACCCAGUCACUCAAAUUGUCAGAGCAGAGGUUGGCCUACAAGAGAUCUCAAGAAUCAUGGAGGAUUAUCAACAGUCUAGAAACCGAAGCUUCCGAACUUAAGAGUGACUUGGAUGAAAAGUUCAAGGCUUAUCAAAGCCGAAAGAAUGACUAUGACAUGAUCAUAGAAUAUCUUGAAUUCGAGGAGCCUGAAUUCUUCGAGGCGCUAACAGUCCCGGAGAAUGAAGAUGGCAUGACUACGGUUGGCCGUGGUGGAAGUGAUAUCCAGAAAGACUAUCUUUAUAAACGAUGGAUUCAUGGUGAUACCGCUGGAGUUUUCGAGAAAUCCCUUCCCAAGACUUGCCACGCCGUAUGGAAGUUGAAUAGAGACUUGCGACAAGAAAAGCAUCGUUCUUGGAAACGCACGUUAUUGGAUGAACAAUGCGAAGCCUUAAAGACACAGGCAUCUCAAAUCAACAAAUGCUAUGCUAAAUGGAAUAGCGUCUGGAAUGAGAGAGAUGGAAAAAUUCUGGCCUCCAAGCGCAUCAUAGGCUGCACUACUACAGCAGCAGCGAUGUAUUCAGAGCUGCUUCGUAAUGUGGCGCCUGGAAUCAUCCUCCUCGAGGAGGCUGGCGAGAUCCUCGAGUCUCAUGUCCUUACCUCGUUGGUACCGGAGACCAAGCAGAUGGUAUUGAUAGGAGAUCACUUACAACUCCGGCCCAAGAUCAAUAAUUUUAGUCUAACUAUUGAGAAGGGGGAUGGAUAUGAUCUCAAUGUUUCCCUUUUUGAGAGACUUAUUGGUGCGGGAUAUCCGCACACGACUUUGUUGAAACAACAUAGAAUGAGCCCUGAGAUCUCUACUUUGGUGCGCCACCUUACCUAUCCUGCCCUGGAAGACGCCCCCAAAACGAAGAAUCGACCUCAACCACUUGGACUACGAGAUAGAGUUAUUUUCUUUCAGCAUGAGAAUCCAGAAACCAGUUUCGCACAAAUCACUGAUAGGCGGGAUGAGAAUUCCACACGAAGCAAGCAGAAUAUGUUUGAAGCCGAGAUCGUGCUGCAGAUUGUGAAAUACCUUGGGCAGCAAGGAUAUGGGACAGACAAAUUGGUGGUUCUAACUCCAUAUCUUGGCCAAUUGUGUCUACUACAGACAAUGUUAAGCAAACACAAUGAUCCGGUGCUCAACGAUCUUGAUUCCUACGAUCUAGUCAAGGCUGGCCUGCUCUCCCAGGCUAGUGCUAACCACUCAAAGCGGAAGAUCAAGCUUUCAACGAUAGACAAUUAUCAGGGCGAAGAAAGUGACAUCGUCAUCGCUUCGUUAACGAGGAGUAAUGGAAACGGUGAUAUCGGCUUCAUGAGCGCUCCUCAACGUUUGAACGUUCUAUUGUCGCGAGCGCGAAAUGCCUUGAUUAUGGUUGGAAAUUCCAAGACUUUUAUCUCAAGCCGAAAGGGGGAAAAGUGCUGGCGACCGUUCGUUGACCAACUCAAGUCUAAGGGACAUCUUUACGACGGAUUACCCGUCUACUGUCAGCGACAUCCAGAUAGGACUGCGAUUUUGAAGACAAAAGAUGACUUUGAAACAGAAUGUCCGGAUGGAGGCUGUCCUGCACCUUGUGGCGUUAAGUUGAACUGUGGGCUUCACGAGUGUCCUUCCAAGUGUCAUCAAAUUGCGGAUCAUUCAAAGAUGACCUGUACGAAGAUUAUUGAGUGGAGCUGCUCACGCGGACAUCAUAUCUCUCAGCCUUGCGCUAAGGCCAAGGGUUCAUGCAGAUAUUGUAACCAGGAAGAUAUUGCAAAAGAGCGCAAACGUCAACGAGAUCUUAUACUCGAUGCGGAGCGGGAUAGGAAGCAAAAACAAUACACUCAAGCACUCAUCGAUGCCCAGGAAGAAAUCGCUCAUUUGAAGCGUUUUCAGCGCGACAAAUUCGAGGAUGAAGAGCGAUCGAGAACGCUCAAGCAGCAUUGGGAUGAAAUUGAGAGGAUCAAAAAUCCUCUCAGGCUGCCUGAUCCGGUCGCACAGGGUAUGCCUGAUGUUCGACCGAAUCAGGCAACUAAAACAGUGGAUAGAAACCCUGCUUCUGAUAGAGAGAGUCCCCUAAAUUAUAAGCAGAAUCCCUCUGUUCAGCAAGAAGAGACAACACCCAAGCCUUCGGAGACCAAAGAUGAAUGGGAAUACCAGAAAACGUUUCUCAAUGCCCAGAGUUCAGAGAUUGAUUCAAUGAUGGAAAUGAUUGGACUCGAGACUGUCAAGGAGAAAUUCAUCUCCAUAAAGGACAAAGUGGACACAGCCUUGAGGCAAAAUAUUGAUCUUAAAGGAGAACGAUUUGGCUCUGUCUUGCUUGGGAAUCCUGGCACCGGAAAGACGACAGUGGCGCGACUUUAUGCAAACUUUCUUGCAUCCAUGGGCAUUACUCCAGGGAAUGCUUUUGUUGAGACCACAGGAUCGAGAUUGGCAAACGAUGGUGUCUCGGGAUGUCAGAAGAUCAUCGACAAUAUCCUCAAUAACGGUGGAGGAGCCCUCUUUAUUGAUGAAGCAUAUCAACUUGUGCAGGGAAAUACUCUUGGUGGAACACAAGUCCUUGAUUUCUUAUUGGCGGAGGUUGAAAACCGCACAGGGAAGAUCGUUUUCAUUCUUGCAGGAUAUCAACGACCGAUGGAGAAGUUUUUUUCACAUAAUCCGGGAUUACCUAGUCGAUUCCCACAUGAAUUGAAGUUUGACGAUUAUGAUGACAACGAGCUAAUGCAAAUCCUGGAGUACAGGAUCAAGAAGAAAUACCAGAACCCGCCAAUGAAGGUUGAAGCUGGCUUUGGAGGACUCUAUUGCCGCAUUGUUGCUCGCCGUGUUGGCCAAGGUCGUGGCCGUGAGGGUUUUGCCAACGCGAGAGCGGUUGAAAACGCGAUGGCUAGGAUUUCAGAUCGACAAUCUAGACGACUAAAGCGAGAGAGACGAAGCCGAGGCUCCAAGGUUGACGAUUUCCUCCUCACCAAAGAGGAUCUUAUCGGGCCAGAACCAUCUCAGGCUUUGGAGAACUCAUCCGCCUGGCAAAAGUUGAAGCAGAUGAUCGGACUGGAGUCGGUGAAAAAUACUGUCAAGGCACUAUUGGAUAGUGUCCAAUAUAACUACCAACGUGAACUGCAGGAGCAGUCAUUGGUCGAAUUCAGCCUGAAUCGAGUCUUCUUAGGAUCCCCCGGGACCGGCAAAACGACAGUUGCCAAGCUCUAUGGACAGAUACUUGUUGAUAUUGGACUGCUAUCAAACGGCGAAGUGGUGGUAAAAAACCCUUCUGACUUUGUUGGCAGUGUUGUGGGGGAGUCCGAGAAAAACACCAAAGGCAUCCUGGCAUCCACAAUGGGAAAAGUUCUAGUUAUUGAUGAAGCCUACGGCCUGUUUGCAGGAGGAACUUCUGACGGCACAUCCGCCAAGAGCGAUCCGUAUAGAAGUGCUGUUGUCGACACCAUCGUGGCAGAGGUUCAAAGCACGCCCGGGGAGGAUCGGUGUGUUUUGCUACUAGGCUACAAAGACCAAAUGCAAAAGAUGUUUCAAAACGUAAAUCCUGGUCUCAGCCGACGGUUUCCCAUUGAUCAUGCCUUUCAAUUCGAGGAUUUCACAGAAGACGAGUUAGAUAAGAUUCUUACUCUGAAAUUGAAGCAGCAAGGAUUCGGUAUUACUGAACAGGGUCGAAGGGUGGUCUUAGAGAUGUUAGAGCGAGCCCGCAAUCGACCACAUUUCGGAAAUGCUGGUGAGGUUGAUAUUUUGCUCAAUUCCGCGAAAAUGCGCUACCAAAAACGUCUUUCCUCUAGUGGAAAUCCAAUUGAUGCAUCUAACUCUGUCCUUGAUGCCGAAGAUUUUGAUGAAGAUCAUGAUCGUGCCGAGCGAGCUGACACAAAUAUUGCCAUGCUAUUUGAAGGUGUGGUGGGAUGCGAGGAGAUCAUCGCCAAGCUGGAAGGAAAUAUACAAAUGGUCAAGAAGCUCAAGCAAGUGAAAAUGAAUCCUCGAGAGCAAGUGCCAUUUAAUUUUCUAUUCCGAGGUCCACCAGGAACUGGCAAAACGAGCACGGCUAGAAAAAUGGGCAAGGUUUACUACGACAUGGGCUUGCUUGCUUCUGCAGAGGUGAUCGAAGCCUCAGCUACGGAUUUGGUGGGUCAGUAUGUAGGACAGACAGGACCCAAAACGCAAAGCCUUCUCGAAACAGCCCUCGGGAAAGUCUUGUUCAUCGAUGAGGCAUACCGCUUGGCUGAUGGAGUAUUUGCGAAAGAAGCAAUGGACGAGCUUGUGGAUUGCAUCACUAAACCCCAGUUUGCACAACGGCUGAUCAUCAUCCUAGCCGGCUACGACUCGGAAAUCAAUCAAUUAAUGUCUACUAACCCGGGCCUCACAAGUCGAUUCCCCGAAUCCAUUCAGUUCAAGCCUUUUUGUCCAACAGACUGCUUUGAAUUGCUACAUAAUUUGCUUUUGAAGAGGAAGAAAGAUCUGAAAAACAAGGGUCAGGCGGAUCUUGAUUUGGCUGUAUUUGAAUGCCCCAGCCAUGAUUUCAAAGAAAGCCUAUCCAGUAGUUUCGACCGUCUAUCUAAGGUGGAGGGCUGGGCAAAUGCGCGAGACGUUGGCUCACUCGCCAAGGGCAUAUUCAAAAGAGUCAUCAGCGCUUACAACGGGAGAGCACUUGCAUUGACAGAAGAAAUGGUGCUUGGGGAAUUGGACUCUAUGAUAAAAGAACGGUCGAAAAGAGAGCAAGGACCAGUGAGACAGCAAUUACAAAACAUGGAAAAUCUAGUCCAGCAGCAGCUCAGUGCUCCUACUCACCUAGCCUCCAACUCCUCCAACUCCUCCUCGAUGCAAUCCGAAAAUGAGACGAAGAAUGAAGAAACUUGUUCUGUUCAGCAGCCUACAGAUAUGGACUCUCGUGAUACCGGUGUCACGGAUGAAGUGUGGAGCCAACUCCAGCGAGACAAACUCGCCGCAGAAGAUCGAGAAAAGGAGUGGCUGAAGCUUAAAGAGCAGGAAGAAGCUCAAUCGAAGCAGCUUCUUGAGCUGAAGCAAGAUGAAGAACGUGCAAUCAACGAGUUGAAAGAAGCACAGCGGAAAGGCGAUGAGGAGGCCAGAAUGCGCCACGAACAAGAGCGGUUGCAACAUGAGAUGGAACGCCGACAGCAAGAGGCUGUGUUGGAGCAGAUACGCAAGGAGAAAGAAGCUAGGGAAAAAGCCCGUAGGAAGGAACAAGAAGCACAGGCAAAAUUGAGAAAGAUGGGAGUGUGUCCAGUGGGAUACCGGUGGAUAAAGCAAAAUGGCGGGUAUCGCUGCUCAGCUGGAGGUCACUGGGUAUCAGAUGCGCAACUGGAGUAA